GUGAGUGUUGUGAUGUGGUACUAGCUGCUGUCUCUCCAUUGAUCAAGCAAUCCGUCGACUGCAAGGUUGUUUCUCGAUCCGUCACCCUCGAUCUCGACCACCGGCCUACCUGUACAUCCGCCUGCCUCUCUCCACCACCUACGCUAACCCCACUCCCUUAUUUGUCUACGCCGGAGAACCGCGCGGAGUUAAGUCGUCCAGGCUGAAAAUCACCGGGACUGGCAACGUACGGCAACUGUGCACAUUCCCUCAUUCCAAUCGAUCUUCGUACCCUACGUCUCGACCUACGCCACUUCACAUCGACAAGGUCGGCGGGCAAGACGAGCCUCAGCUAGGAGGAGGGAAGACGCUGGGUUGCAGGCAAUGACAGCUCACGCGACUCCCCCGAGCGCGGAACCAGCUUGAAAGAGAAGACAGACACCCGACGGACGCCAACGAUCACGGGCACACAAGGCACAAUGCAGACGCCAGGUUUCGAUGGAAGCCAGGGCGGCAGCGAAAUCGACUUUGGUACUCCCCUCAGCCUCGGCGGCAUCGAUGCCAUGAUUCGAGCGGGCGACGGCGCAAACCUGGCCAGCUAUCCGGCUCAGCAGAUCGGGAUGGGCCAUGGACAUCCAAGCACCCUCGACCCCGCUCUUCACUCACAAAACCCAUUGGCCUCAGGACAACGGCAACAAGGCUUUGCCGGCAAUGGGCGACAAGGACGCAUGGGCGAGUCGGAGAACACGAGCCCGGACAUGGACAUGGACAUGUUCGACGGCACCGAGAACAAUGAUGCGAGCGCGCAGCGGCGACAAAGUGAAAACGCCGACGGCGCUGACGGCGAGCUUCGCCCGUCAUGGAGCGAGCUCAAGACCAAGGCGGGCAAGGAACGCAAACGGCUGCCUCUGGCUUGCAUUGCCUGUCGGAGGAAGAAGAUCCGGUGCUCGGGUGAGAAGCCGGCGUGCAAGCAUUGCCUUCGCUCUCGCAUCCCAUGCGUCUACAAAGUCACCACCCGGAAAGCGGCGCCUCGGACGGACUACAUGGCUAUGCUGGACAAAAGACUCAAAAGGAUGGAGGAGCGAGUCAUCAAAGUCAUUCCCAAGGAAGAACAGGGCAUUGUGUUGAGCACCGGCCGAGCAACUCUGAAGCCUCCCUUACCCCCGGCUCCUUCCAAAGGCACUAAUGCGUCCAAGAAGCGCAUGGCGGAGACGGCUUUUGCCGAUGAACUGAAUCAGUGGGCUGCCUCCAAAGACGUCCUGCCUGAUCGCAAGACGCCCACAACAGCUGAGCCGGACAAGGGCUCCUCGCAAGCGCAAGCGCAAGCUUCCGACGAGUACAAUCUCCUCCGCGAGGGCGCAGACAAGCUGCCCUCGCGAGAGUUGCAAGAGCAUCUGUCCGAAGUCUUCUUCGAUUCCGUCUACUGCCAGAGUUAUCCCUUACUCCACAAGCCAAGCUUCAUGCGCAAGCUGGCACAAGGCCAAGUGGCGCCCGUGUUGAUGCUGGCCGUUUGCGCCAUGUCGGCUCGCUUCUCCACUCAUCCCGCCUUUCGAUCGGAGCAGCCAGCCUUCCUUCGAGGAGAGACGUGGGCGAGCGCGGCUCGAGAAAUCGCGCUGAAGAGAUACGACACCCCCAACAUUACCAUCCUCAUCGUGUAUCUGAUCCUUGGACUCCAUGAGUUUGGUACUUGUCAAGGUGGCCGAAGCUGGAUGUUCGGCGGCAUGGCGCAGCGCAUGGCGUACGCAUUGCAACUGCACAAAGAUCUAGACCACGAUCCCAAAACUCGCAACGCCGCGGAGAAGAGUGAGCUCACGUUCACGGAUCGCGAGAUCCGCCGCCGAACGAUGUGGUCCUGCUUUCUCAUGGACCGCUUCAAUUCCAGCGGCACCGAGCGACCCAUCUUCAUUAGCGAGCAGUACAUCCGCGCCCAGCUACCGAUUAAAGAAAGCUACUUCCAGAUGGAGAUUACCGGGCCCACCGAGGACCUCGAAGGCAAUGUCCCCAAUCCCGUGGAGCCCAGUACAGGGCAGGUGUCGAAUGCGAAAGAUAACAUGGGCGUCACGGCCUAUCUCAUCCGACUCGUGGCCAUUUGGGGACGCCUGAUCAACUAUAUGAACCUGGGCGGCCAGCAGCUCGACGAACAUCCCAUGUGGGAUGCACAAUCCAAAUUCCAUCAGAUCAAGCAGGCAGUCAAGGAUUGGAGAGACGCACUGCCGGCAUCGAUGGAGUACACGCCGGAAAAUCUCCAGAACCACGCCAGCGAAAAGAUUGCCAACCAAUUCCUCUUCUUGCACCUCGUCCACAACCAGAUCGUGCUAUUCAUCAAUCGCUUUGCACUCCCCACGCCUGGAUCAAAAGCCAGGCCCCCAAAAGAGAUGCCUGCAGAAUUCCUGUCUGAAGCAAAGAAAACGGCCCUCGAAGCAGCAAACCAGAUCUCCAAAUUAGUGCAUGAGGCCAUGGACUACCAAGUCGUCGCGCCCUUUGCAGGCUACUGCGCCUUCUACUCCAGCACCGUGCACAUCUACGGCGCCUUCUCGAAUAAUGCCGCGCUGGAGGCGCUGAGCAAGCAGAACCUCGCGUGCAACAUCAAGUACCUGACGAAGAUGAAGAAGUACUGGGGCAUGUUUCACUUUGUGACGGAGAACCUGCGCGAUCUCUACCGCCGGCACGCGGACGCUGCGAAGCCGGGUAGUAAGGGAGGGGUGGGAGGAGCAGCGCCGAAAGAUAACAAUGGCGACCAGACAAUCUUUCAAUACGGGGAUUGGUUUGACCGAUAUCCGCACGGCGUCAGCGGGACGGAUUACGAGGAGCCGAGCGCCGAGACGAAGAAGGAGCCAGGCGCCGACGCGGUUCUGGGGCAGAAAAGCGAUUUGCAGACCGUCGAGGAGUUCUUCUCCAAAAUGUCGCCGCCUAGUGCCGCCGCCGCGCAGAAAGAUGCGCAGCAGCAACAGCCGCAAAGCCGCAAGAUGGCGAAGAAGCGGCAGACAAAGGCGCAAAGCAAGCCGUCUCAGGACUCCCAAGCUGCUGCUGCUGCUCCUACGGCGCCACACGGCGCAGCCAGCAAUGACGAAAUGCAGGCCUUCGCAAGCAGCCUCCCGGACUUCACCCAGCCUUCCACCGGCUUCGGCAUGCCGUCCCAGCAACAGCAGCAGCUGAUGGGAACCAUGCCCUCCCAUCAACAAUUCCUCUCCCAGCUCGACCGCCAAAUCGUCCUCGACUCCUACGCCGGCCUCGACAACUACACCUCCCAUCCAAUGCUGGGCCUCGGCGGGCAACAACAGCAACCGCAGCCCCAGCAACUAGACGAUCUCGGCAACUUCGACUUCGCCGGCCUCGCGCCCACCGAUAGCAUCAGUCCCGAAGGCGCCGGUGGCGGCAAUCUGUUCCCCGACACCUCGAUGGCGUGGUUCAUGCCUUUCAACAUGGAGCCGCCGCCGGCCGCGGGCGGCGAGGAUGGAGGGAAUCUCUUCGCCGGCACGAAUUUCGAUUGGUCGCCUUUUGGGAAUCCCGGGGCCGAGUUGCAGGGCACGGGGCUCACGCCGGGCGUGGAUUUGGGGGUUGGUGGUGAGCCUGGGGGUCCGACUGAUGGUGCCGGCCGUGCUGGGGGGCAUUUGGACGUGCUUGAAGAUUUACGAUAGCCAUGAGGGAAUGCUUCGCUGUGGGACAUGUGUGAUGAGAUCAGCUUUCUCCCCAAAAAGUUAAGAUGUGAGAUAGGAAACGACCUACCAUUCCCAUCAAGUCUCUCCUGUUCUCCUCGUUAGACCCAUCACAUCAAUUCUGCCGCGGCUUUACAAUCCCAUCAUGCACAAUAUAAAACGCCACCGUGCUAUCAUCAUCCAACGUAGCAAGCAGCAACCGCUUCGGCACCUCAAGCCGCCACUUCCUCUCCCCCUCCUCCAACCCAACCUGGUCCCGCCCCAUUACAUCAACAUCAACAUCCUCAACCUCAACC